GCGUACGUGGUGCCCUUGCCCAAAACGCAUUUUUCUCAAAACGCGUAAAUUCAUUCUUAUAAAUGAUGUUGAUUACAAUGUUGAUUACAACAAUUAUUACAAUAUGAAAAUAUGUGUCAAGAGAGGGGAAAGCACUUUGUUCUAGUUCACGGGGCUUGCCACGGAGCAUGGUGCUGGUACAAGCUCAAACCGCUGCUCCAGGCGGCUGGCCACCGCGUCACUGCCUUGGACCUCGGUGGUUGUGGGGUCCACCCGAGCAGGCUCGAUGAGAUCGUCUCUUUAUCUGACUAUUUGCAGCCCUUAAUGGAUUUUAUGGCCUCUCUGGUUGGUGAUGAUGAUAAGGAUCGGGUGGUUUUAGUUGGCCAUAGCUUUGGUGGCCUUGGUGUUUCUCUAGCAAUGGAAAGGUUCCCUGAGAAGAUCUCAGUUGCAGUUUUCAUCACAGCUUAUAUGCCCAACUACAAACACCCUCCAGCAACUCUCAUACAAGAAUUCCUUAAGAGAACAUCAAUGCAGUCAGUCAUGGAUUGCCAAUUUGCAUUCGAUCAAGGCCCUGCAAAUCCCCCAACUUCAGUUAUUUUCGGUCCAGAGUACACUGGAACAAUUGUCUAUCAACACUGUCAACCGAAGGACGUGGAAUUAGCCAAGAUGUUAUUAAAACCCAAUGGGCUAUUUGUACAAGAUUUGGUCCAGGAGUCCAUAUUAACCGAAGCCAGAUAUGGGUCGGUACGUCGGGUUUAUGUAGUGUGCGAGGAAGAUGGAGUGAUGGGAGAAGAAUUUCAGCGCUGGUUGAUUGAGAAUAGCCCACCUAAAGCGGUCAAGUCGAUGGCAAAAGCUGGGCACAUGGUCAUGCUUUCUAAACCCAAAGAGCUUGCGUUGUGUUUGAAGAAUAUUGUUGACCAGUAUCAUUGAGCAGAUUGUUCGUUGGAUAUUAUCUGUUACCUAGAUCGUAACUUUACGCAAUUUCAAUUUAUCAAAACAAAAACAAUUUUGUUUCUAUAAGCAGGUAGCUGCGGGAUUUGUCGUGAGGUAAAUUGUCGCACAAGAUGGAGGUUAUUGAAAUUUGUGGCUUCAAUAAUUUAAUGGAGGUUUAUGUCA